AAUUCUCACCCAUUUUUCACCAAUUUCUCUGCUUAAAACCAAACCCCAAAUCUCACAAAAUUCAUCAAAGAUCUUCUUCACCUGCCUAAAAAUCGCAAAAAAGCUUUCAACUUUCGAUAAUCUCAGAUCGAAAAAUCAGAUUUUUCCAGAUCAAUCAGAGAAGAGAUGGAGAAUAACAACAACAAUCAGCAAUCUUUUUGGCAGUUCAGCGACCAGUUGAGAGUUCAGACACCAAAUCUAGCGAAUCUGUCUCUCAACGACUCGAUCUGGAGCACAAACUCUGUCUUCAAAGAGCGUCGAAACUUGGACAUCGCCGCCACUGCCGACAAGAACAACCAGAUCGACUAUUAUCAGAAGAAGACAAUUUCCGACAACAUCAAUUCCAACUGGAACUGGAAGUCUUCUGGUUCAAACAACGACAUGGGUUUAGGUUUCGGACCCGUGGGAUCAAAAUCCACCGUCGAUUUUAACCCAAUCGACAAAUUCAACACACCGUUCAACGACACCUGGAAAUUCAACUCAGUCAACGUUAACGUUAACGGCGAUUUCAACAAAGGGGUUUACACGUCGAUGAACAAGUAUGGAUACAACGUGAAUCUAAAGAACAACAACAACAAGAACAAAGGAAUCGAUGAAGAUCAUCAGAUUCAGAAAGGUGGGAAGAAGAACAGAAAGAAUUAUCAGAACAACAAUAACCAGAGGAACGAAGACGACAAGAAUAAUGGUGUAGACAAGAGGUUUAAGACUCUUCCUCCAGCAGAGGCUUUGCCAAGAAACGAAACCAUUGGUGGUUACAUCUUUGUCUGCAACAACGAUACCAUGGAAGAGAAUCUCAAACGCCAGCUUUUCGGAUUGCCACCAAGAUACAGGGACUCGGUGAGAGCGAUAACUCCAGGACUUCCUCUGUUUCUUUACAACUACUCCACUCACCAACUUCAUGGAAUCUACGAGGCAGCUAGCUUCGGAGGAACCAACAUUGAGUUGAAUGCUUUUGAAGACAAGAAAUGUCCUGGCGAAUCUCGUUUCCCUGCUCAGGUUAGGGCCAUAACGAGGAAAGUGUGUUUGCCACUGGAAGAAGAUUCUUUCCGACCCAUUUUGCACCACUACGACGGUCCUAAGUUCCGGCUCGAACUCAGUGUCCCCGAGGUGCUUUCUCUAUUGGACAUUUUUGCUGACCAAAACCCUUGAAUUGGGAUACCAAUGAAGAACACAAAAAUAGUGGUUUGUUACUUGAAAUCCAGAAAGAGAGAUAUACCCCCAUUAUACAUAUAUGAUUAUAAGGAGGAGUAUUAAUAAUAAUUGUCUGAAGAAAUGGUAUUUUUACUAGUUUAUACAGUUUUUUUUCUAAAGUAUUUUCCCAGAGUAUAUGGGGAAUUAGAAGAUGUGCUAUUUUUGUGUGGGUGGAUGAAGAAUAGAUCUCAUCUCCACUUUGUUUUUUUUUUUUUGUGUAAAUUAAAUAAAAUAACAUAUGUACAACCCCAAAAUAGGGGAAAAAUGAGAUGAUGAACUCUUAUCAAUUUGUGUAUGAUAUUUGUAUAAUUGCUCUCUUCUUCUUCUUA